UUUUUUUGAAAGUUCCCAAUACUGAAUGCUGCAACUUGCUAAAGCUACAUAAACCCAUUGCUUUACCAAAAAUAUAUAAAUAUCGUGGUUAGGGUUUUAGCUACACACACCGGCUCAAACAAACAACUCAGGUUACAACAAUGGCGUUCUUUGGUAGACUCGGGAACUUGCUUAGACAAUCUGCCAAUAGGCAGAUUAGUGCUGAAAUGCGCUCAUCUCCGUCCUUUUUCCAGGCUGUACGAUGCAUGUCGUCUGCUCCCAGCUCGAAGCUGUUUAUAGGAGGUGUUUCGUACUCUACUGAUGAGGAGAGUCUGAGGGAAGCUUUUUCCAAAUAUGGUCAAGUUAGGGAAGUCAAGAUAAUUUUGGACCGUGAGACUGGUAGAUCCAGAGGAUUUGGAUUUGUCACGUACGAUUCAGUUGAGGAGGCAUCAAGUGCCCUUCAGGCAUUGGAUGGCCAGGAGCUUCAUGGUCGUCAAGUUAGGGUAAAUUUUGCUAAUGAAAGGCCUCGUAGUUAUGGUGGUGGUGGUGGUUAUGGCGGUGGUGGUUAUGGUGGUGGUGGUGGUUAUGGUGGCGGUGGUUAUGGUGGAGGCGGCUAUGGAGGUGGGGGUGGCUAUGGAACUGGUGGUAAUUAUGGUAGCGGAACUGGUGGUAAUUAUGGUAGCUCCCCAUAUGGGAGUGCUCCAAGUAGUGGAGGUGGCUAUGGAACUGGUGGCAAUUAUGGGGGUGGUGCUGGCAAUGACUACUCUUCUCCUGACAGUUUUGGAACCAGCAGUGCUGGAGGCAGUUUCAGUGGAGGUGGAAAUUUUGGUGAUGCUGGGGGUGUUGGCCGUCAUGAAAGUUUUGCUGGUGGUAGUGUUGGCAACACUGAUUUUGCCAGUAGUGGAUUUGAUGGAGGUAUUGGCACCAACUUUGGUGGUGAACAUGAUGGAAGUGGGGGGUUGGAUAGCAAGGGAAGUAGCAAUGUAGAUGGAGAUUUGGGAGGUUUUGAAGACUCUGCGGAAGGAAGGGAUGACAAUGAUGAUACCGAUGAUUUUGCCAAAAGGGCUUGAUGGAAGUUUAGUUCUUAUCUUUCUACUGCGCGUGCCCUGUAGCUUGCCCCUUCCUAAAUCUCAGAACUUGAACCUAAUGUGCAAUUCUGGCAUGUUUUAUCUUGAUCAUCAAUAUAUGGUUGGGAAGAAAGUAAUGUUAGACUUUUGUUAGCGUCAUCAUUCUUCCGUUCUCUCCUUAUGAGUCGGGACAUCUUUUAUUGCUUACUUUUGAUGUUAUUUAUUGAAAUUGAGAUCUUCAUACCGCAUGUAAAUCGGUGAAUUGUGGUAAGAAUAAUCUGAAGACUUAUGUUGGAUUUUUACGAAUGAGUCCUUCAUUUUAACGAAAUGGCUAUGCGAGAAAUUUUGUUUGGAA